AUAUCCAUCAGUCAACACUAGUUCACUUUCUAAUUUCUAUGUACUAUUUCUGUGUUUAAAUUGGCUUCUAUAUCUGGAAAUUUUGGUUUGCUACACUGUGAUAUCAGAAAUUCUGCUAUGAAAAUGUUGCAUCACCUAAUUUGAUUUGGCAGGAAUUAGGAAGAGGGAAUGGUGAAGUGGGUUUGCUUUGAAUAAUUUAUCGAUCAACAUUUUUUAUAUAAUAAAAUUUUAUUUUUUAAUUCGUGCAGGUUAGAUUGUGAGAAUCAAAUCAUUAUAAUAAAGAUUAAAAAAAAAUCUUUAAUCACUACACUAACUCAUAUUCUCCUAAAAGAUUUAAAAAAAUUAAAAGAUGCUAAUUACUUAGUUUAUGUAGUAGUUUAUUGUAUGGUGAAGUAAGACCCAAUUUUAGUUCAUGCCUUUCAAUUCAAUUUCAUUGUAUUUGACUUGUGGGUUGUAGUGGUUUCUGAUUUGGUGUAUAGAAUAAUUUUAGAAAUCUCAUAUGGAUAUUAUUUCUUAUUACUACACUUAUCAAAUAAUCUAUCCUACGUCUUAAGUCACUUGAGUUUCUGCUAUUAAAUUUACUUCAUUUCUAUUUUUAGUUAUAAUAUAUAUUUAUUUUUUAUUUUUAUCCCAAUCAUAUAAUUAACAUUUUUUUGUUAUCGAUAUGUCUCCUAUUUUCCCGUAAAAAUAUCAAUUUAUCUACUUUUCUUGAUUUUCCGCUAAUGCAUAUUGGGCAAAUUUGAUGGCAUACAGCUACUAGUAUACUAGAAAAAAUAUAAGUUUUACAAUUAUUUAAGGCAUUAAGGCAUUUUUGUGGAUCUCCUUUGUUGUGAACUUUGCCGCCUUUGUUGUGGCAUUAUGGCAAAUUUGGUGCACUUGUUGUAACUGGGCCCCAAAAGUUUCUUUUUUAAUAUAUUUUUUAGGUAUUGGUGAUCAAGAUAGCAUUUCAACUAUGUUAUUUUACAAAAGAGAAAACCAAUAUUUACUUAGUACAUUAUAUUACUGCAAUGUCAUUAAGUUGCUCCCGUUAGGAAGUAAACACUAACCUGAUGUUGUUUCUGAUUAACCUUUGAUAGCAAACAUCAUAUGCAACUGUUAUGGAAAGAUCAACUGAAAUAACUGAAGAAAGUCCCCUUGGCCAACGCAAUAGGCCUUUACCACAAAAUCUAGUCCUCGAGAUACCAUCACGAAGUGUGCAGAACUCACCGGAGGAUUUCGUGAGAAUAAACGUUCUUCCAACACCAAAAAGAGUGAAUUUCUCACCAAUGAACAGCCCUAGCAUUGCUACAUUAAACAGGUCUUUAAGCUCCACCAUUCGUAGGGACAAAUCUUCGAUCAAAAGCCUCCUCCCGAGUCUUAGUUUUAAGUUCAAGAAUUACCCUUCAGAGAUCGAAAAUGCAUCCAUUCUUGGCCUCUCCCCAUCUUUAGUAAGGGGAGGAAGACCGGGAGUGACCAGGACAUUUUCUUUUUCAAAGCUAUUCACACCAAAAGGAAAAAAAGCAUCAUCUUUGCCUGUAACUCCGAUUGCACACUCUAAUCCAGGAUCUGCACAUGGAAGCAAUAAAGGAAGGCUCCGACUACCUAUUCAUCGUUCACGUUCUGUUCCAGAUCUUAACAAAGAUCAAAGUGCACGUCAGAUAGAUUCUUUCGGUGGGAUUUUUCGUGUGAUCCCAACAACGCCGCAUGUUAAAGAUGGAACAUUGGUGGCGUCAGGUGCAACAGUAAACGAUGCAGAUGAAAUGGAUGAUAACGGUGAGAACAUUCCUGAAGAGGAAGCUGUAUGCAGAAUCUGCCUAGUCGAACUUGGGGAAGGCUCGGAAACACUCAAAAUGGAAUGUAGCUGUAAAGGUGAACUUGCUCUUGCUCACCAAGAAUGUGCUGUUAAAUGGUUUAGCAUCAAAGGUAACAAAAUUUGUGAAGUAUGCAAGCAAGAUGUUCAAAACCUUCCUGUUACACUUUUACGUAUUCAGAAUAAUCAGGAUCGACCAACAAAUAAUGGCGAGCAUAUUGAAUUGGCGGGUUUCAGGGUUUGGCAAGAUGUUCCCGUUCUUGUAAUUGUAAGCAUGCUUUCAUAUUUCUGUUUCCUCGAGCAACUUUUGAUUAAGAAAAUGGGUUCAGGUGCAAUCGCUAUCUCACUUCCGUUCUCUUGUAUUUUGGGCCUUCUUUCUUCCAUGACGUCAACAACAAUGGUUGGACGAAAAUUCCUUUGGCUGUAUGCUGCGGCUCAAUUUUUACUGGUUGUUGCCUUUGCACAAAUUCUGUACUACCUGCUACACAUGCAAGCAGUGGUGUCGGUUUUAAUCGCUACGUUUGUUGGCUUUGGAGCUGCAAUGUGUGGAUGUUCCUUUCUCUUUGAGAUUCUGAGAUGGAGAAGAAUAUGGCAAGGUCGCUCCAAUACGCAAGCUUCUGCUGUUCGCGGAGUUUCUGCACCAACAUCUGAAAUCGGGAGCUUGGCACAAGCGAGCCCCAGUGAACCUGAAAUUCUAGCAAACAUUCCUAGUUCUCAUGGAGACUAAAUUGUAUAGAGCUGAUUUUUUUUUUAUUUUCUUUUAAACCACUAGGCUCACCAGUAAUUCUCCAACCAGUAUAGACUUAAAUUAUGAAACAAAAGUAGAUCAAAAGGAUCACUUAUUAUAGAGAAUGAAAAAUAAGUCAUAUUAAUUUCCAUUUUGAAUUUAUGUAAAUAUUAUAAAGACAGCGUAUAAUAUCAUGUAUGCUAAAUUUUGUGAUUUAUGUAUAAUAAUAAUAAUGAUGAUGGUGUAUUUAUAUACUCAGUACUUUUGUUGAUUGUU